GCGGCCGGCCCUCCGCCGGCCUGGGCGCUCCCACAGACGGACCGCUCACCACCUUUCACCGGCCGACGCAGACUUCAGAUUCCCGCGGCCCUGCCUCUGCCUCCGGGCCCCUCGACCCUGCGCGCGGGACCAGGCAUGGUAGAGGAGAGUCUCAAGUUCGAACCCCAGCUCUGUCAGCUGUGAAGCCUUGGCCAAGUUACUCGACCCCUCUGAGCCUCAGCUUUGUCAUCUGUAAAUUCAAGAAACAGGAGCUACUAUUGUAGGUCAAACCGACCAAAGCACUUUGACCCCCAUCGCGCUCCCCGUACUGGCCUACCCCGACGCCAAACAGGAUGCUGAAUGCAUACCCUGUCGCACCAGGCCUCCUGCCUGCCACCUGCAACCCGCAGGUCACCACCGUCAGUUUCUUCAUUUUAUCUUCAUGCAGCUCAGGCCCAGAGAGGCAAAGGGACUCGCUGCGGGUCACACAGCCAGUGAAUCUGGGAAGGAAUUAGGACGGACCCCACAAUCCUUACAUGAAGCUGCGUGCUGUCUCUCCGCAGGGAAGGCUAUGGAGACUUCAGAAUCACUUCAAGACCACAGUCAAGUCCACGGAGAAGCAGAAGAUCUAGACUAUGGAGAGCAAGACCGGGAGGCCGGACUCUUUUCUCAAGAACAACAUGAGAGAGACAAGUCUUCCUCCUCGUCCUCGUCCUCCUCCUCGUCCUCGUCCUCCUCCUCCUCAGGUGCAGAGCUCGGGGAGUCUGACGUUUUGAAGGAUGAGCUUCAACUCUAUGGAGGUGCCCCUGGGGAGGUGGUGCCCUCCGGAGAAUCAGGACUCAUACUCCGAAGGAGAGGCUCUGACCCGGCGAGCGGAGAAGUGGAGGCCUCUCAGUUAAGAAGACUGAAUAUAAAGAAGGAUGACGAGUUUUUCCAUUUCAUCCUCCUCUGCUUUGCCAUCGGGGCCUUGCUGGUGUGUUAUCACUAUUACACAGACUGGUUCAUGUCCCUCGGGGUCGGCCUGCUCACCUUCGCCUCGCUGGAGACCGUCGGCAUCUACUUUGGCCUGGUGUACCGGAUCCACAGCAUCCUGCAUGGCUUCAUCCCUCUUUUGCAGAAGUUUAGACUGAUAGGGUUCAGGAGGACCAACUGAAGCCAGUGCCGGGUGGGCAUCCAGGCCAGGCCUCGGCGUGACCACCCCUACCUUCUCUCAGCACAUGAGGAUGGCGCAACAUUCCAGGAGACACGUGGGCGGGACAAGAUACAGCAAUAAAGACAGCGCUUUUUCUUCCAUGUGGUCUGAACGUUGGCACCAGCCGGGCCAAGGUGCCCUUCAGGCAGCAUUGGCCCCAACCCAGCUGCAGGAUGGAAGGACGGGAGGGGUGCGGGCCUGCGCCCUUCAUGGGACCUGGAUCAGCAGGACGACCCUGUGACGUCACUCCUCUCAGGAGACGGGAGGAGACCCCUGGUCCCUGCAAGCUGUAAUCUGUCUGGGCUUGUGAUUUCUCUUAAGUCCCCAGGCCAUCCCGGGACAGACAGACAAUCCACUGCCCAGAGGCAGAGAACCACCACAUUGGGCCCCUGGGGUGAACCUGAUACAGGUGAGAUAUUGAGGACUAAAGCCACAGUAUCCAGGCAUCUUCCCUCAGCCCUGUCACCUGGUGCCAGCCCUGCUACCCUUGGACUCUAUCAAGAUUCAAAUAAACAUUCUCUUCCCUGGACUAAAAAGAGUCAGCUAAGUAUUUCUUUAGGUUUUUUGAGUGCAAGGAUACAUUUGGGGUCUUCUUUGACCCUAUCUUGUCAGAUAGAAUACCUUGUCCUACUGGAUAAAGUAUAAAAGGGAAUAAAUGUAAAAAAGCCCCUCAUUUUAGGUCCACGACUUCAACUGCAUAGGUUUGGAAUGUGAGACAGGGUUUCACAAACAUUCUUGUGAAAAAGAUCGGGGGUUGUUAGGUACUACUCGAAGCUCAACAAAUACCAAAGAAAUGAGAUAAGGGCACAGAACAAAAUCCAUUGCAAACUUGGGUUGCAUUAAUUGAGGUAUAGAGUCUAGACUGAAGGAGGUGAUAGUAGGUUCCCUUGUUCAGUUCUAGAGUCACAUAUCAAGAGUGACAGUGACAAACUAGAGAAUACACAGAAGAAACCAGAGUGAGGAUAUAAAGAAUAAUUGAAGAAGUGGGAACUUUCCUCAAAAGGGAGCCUGGAGUGCACAGAUAAGAUUUUUAUCAAAUGUACAAAUAGAAUGCAAGGUUUCACAAUAGAAACAUAAACUUGCUGACUGGAGGGCAGUGAGGGUAGCUUUCCCUGUCCAGCCUCGGUUUCCUCAUCUGGACAAUAGGCUCACAGUAGCGCCCACCUCACAGUGCAUGGUGAGGGUUCUGGGAGAUAAUUGCCUUUCUGGCACAUAGUAGAGGCUCAGUAGGUGGGAGGCACUUGAUUUGGGCAGAGGCCACAUCCAAGCCUUUAGGGUCAGUCAGGCAAAGUCAGCCCAAUGUAGAAAAUGGGGAGCAGGAGAGAGAGGGAGCAGGGGAGCAGGGGAGAGAGGGAGCAGGAGAGCUGAUCCCUGACCAGAGGGAUUUCCAGCCAGGGCUAGCCAGGAAAACAGAACUUGGCAGGUGUUCUAACAGAGAGAUCUAUUUAUAGUGGGUAUGUUAAGUGGGUGCAGGAUCUUCGAAAAGGCAAAAAGGGACCACCGAGGUAUCACAGAGCAUGACAGGGAGGCAGCCACCAGUUGGGGCUGGGGGAACAAAGGAAAGAGAACUAUGAAGCUGGGGAGAGGGCCCCACAGAGCUAGGACCCUGACCUCUGAGGAGGGGUCCUGCCUGAGGAAUGUCUCUAAGAGGAGCCUGAUGAGGCUGGUUCUAGAAAUGCAGGACCAGUGAUGUCAGACCUCCAAUUUCUCAGCAGAAGCAGGAAACCAGAUUUUUUUUUU